GAUUUUUUCUUAAACAAGAUUUUUUGCAGAGAAGUGGAAGUUUCAAGGAACGAGGGGCCUGCUACGCUCUGAUGAUGCUGCCGGAGGCCCAGAAGAAGAAAGGAGUGAUAGCUGCUUCAGCCGGCAACCAUGCCCAGGCACUCUGCUACCAUGGGAAGAAGCUAGGGAUACCAGUCACUGUGGUCAUGCCAGUGUUUGCUCCCAUUAUGAAGAUACAGGCGUGUUAUCGGUUUGGAGGCAAAGUGAUCGUGGAGGGGAGUAGUAACAUGCAGGAGGCAAGGCACGUGGCCUUGGUCAGAGCUUCCAAGCUGGGACUGACCUACAUUAAUGGGUAUGACCAUCCCCACAUCAUCGCAGGCCAAGGCACUAUAGGACUGGAGAUCAUAGAGCAGGUGCAGGAUGUUGAUGCUGUAGUCAUACCGAUCGGUGGCGGAGGGUUGAUCGCUGGAGCUGCUUUGGCCAUCAAGAGUCUUCGCCCUAAUUGUAAAAUAAUCGGAGUGGAAUCUGACAGAUGUCCUGGUUUUGCCACCUCUAUGUCCUGCGGUAAGCCUACAAUUGUGUCUGUCAUGCCUUCGCUUGCAGACGGUUUGGCAGUUCCUCUUGUGGGAGUGAACGCUUUCCAAACUGCACGCCCGUACAUAGACAAAGUGGUGGUGGUGAAGGAGGAAUGGAUAGCCAUCGCCAUCUUGAGGAUGGUGGAGAUGGAGAAAUGUGUGGUGGAGGGGGCAGGAGCAAUAGGUCUGGCAGCUAUAUUGGCCGGUCAUCUCUCUGAGUUUAAGGGGAAAAGAGUGGUUCUAACUGUUAGUGGUGGCAACAUUGACACCACAGUGCUGGGCCGCUGCCUGGAUCGUGGGCUAACAGCUGAUGGCCGUCUCCUCAAAUUCUCUGUGGUGGUGAGCGACAGAGCCGGGAGCAUCGCAGAGCUGUGUACCCUGCUGGCUGAUGUGGGUGUCACCGUCAAGGACAUCCUUCAGGAGAGAGCUUGGCUCAAGAAUGAUGUGUUCAGCGUCAAGGUGAAAAUUGUGUGCGAGGCUCGUAACAUCGGCCACUGUAAAGAGCUGAUGAAAGCUCUGACUGAUAAAUACGACUCUGUCAGCUUCGCCGGCUUCAUGCAGACUCUGGACUCCAACAUUCGGACCAUGUCUACUCCUGACCUGACUUCCAGCCCUUUCUACAAGAAGCUUCACAUGAGCGAGUCAGGUUCAGAAUAUUUGAUGUAAUGAAAAAAUCUAAUUGUUUUUCUAAACAUCUAUUAUUUAAUAAUAUUCUGUUUGAAUAAAAUAGACAUACUCUGGUUA